AUGGUGUUGAACGGUGAGGUCAAGAAAUGGACGAGUUCUUCGACUAAAUUGGCUGACAGGGAUCCAAAAAUGAAACAAUAUGACCAAGCAGUUGAUCAAGAGUGUCAGAACAAUAAGGAUAGGGGUAUCCUUUUCCAGGAAGAUGAUUCUUUGGCAACACUUCACGUAACUGGGGACCAAUCGACACCACUAUUAACAGGCGUAGUGCAGCCUUUCUUGGGGGCAGCAGAGAGCUGUCUCCAAAACGAAGAUGUUGAACCUAGCCUUGCAAUGGUGCCCACACAGAACGAUACCCUGAAGACUAUCCACAAGUCAGUAGUGGAGGAAACCGCAAUUCAAGAAGAGUUAGACCUUUUCAUCCAAGAUGGCGCCCUCAUAAUUGACGACACUGAAGUUAUCGAGCUCAGCCUGGUGGAUUCUGGGGUAGAUUUCACGGUCCAUAGCGGUCUGCCUAGAGUCCCAUUAUGGGAAUAUCUCAUAAAAAUCGAUGAAAGUCACUGGGAACGUCUGAACGAGUCAAAUGAGGUGAACGCCGCUGAAAGCCAUCUGAGCACUCCCGAACAUCGACGACAACUCCCGCUGGACAGUGCGACUAUGAGAUCUUACCUCGAGAAGUGUACGGCCUCAUCUCAAAAGAGGUUAAUGUUGAACUGUACCUUGUUGACGACAGAGGCUAUUCGGCGACAAGGCCUUAAAAGGGACUCAGCUUUACCAAGUCAUGUUUUGUCUUGCGUGAACCCUGUUCCACAUCCAAGAAUUGCAAACAUGCAACAAUGGAGGGAUUUCAAGGAGAAACUUUCAGAAGGAUCAUUGAUAAACCCUUCCCUAUCACCCUUAAAUUCUUUUUCAGCCGAUACUAUUUCUCUCCUCCCCCAGGGAUUCAAGAACUGUCAGCACACACUGGUCAUAAGGAACGACGACUUUGCUACUUAUUUUUAUGUUGAGACUGCGCGUACCAGAAGCUCACAAAAUCUUUGUUCUAUUGAUGAUACGUGCAUUUUAAUCUCGAUGCUAGGUAACACCAAGAGUAGGCGGAACACCUCCACGGAGCAAUUGGAGGAUGAUGAGGCAGGAGGCAGGGCAAAGCUGUUGCGGUCGACUACUGCCCGACACCCAACUGGUUGCUUCCAACAGAAUCUUCUAGUAAUGCACUCGGUGCCACCACCAGCAGGGAGGACGGCCGAACCGAAGCAAAAAUAUGUUAAAGAGAAGAUGCCGCAACGGUUCAGUUCCGUGGUGGUCAUGAUUGCGCUACAUCAGAUAUCUGCUCACCAUAGCAAGCCCUUUGAAAUGCUAGAAGAGCCGUUGGUUGUUUGGCCGUAUGACUGUGUAUCUCUGAAAUGUUUCGAGCCUUUCCACAUGCGUAUGCGCCUGCUUGAACUAUCAUCGUGCUGCCGCAUUCAACACCUACGGCUGCCUCUCCCCCCUCCCUUACCCAAUACCUUUCUUUUCAUUUUAUUCUCCAUCCAUGAGCUGCGACUGACCCUUGACUACUGCUUCGUCUUGGAAUCAGCUUGGGGACGAGUUCAAGAGACGGCGGGAGGACGUAAAAGGCUUCAUCUAGUCUUUUGUUCACUAUGGCGGCUUUUAGAGAUCAAGGCUAAUGCAAAUGGCUUGUUCUCACGUUGCGGGAAUUAUGUAUCGCUGCGUAUCAGGCUGCAUCUCGAGGUGCGUAGGAUGGCCGUGUCGAAUUAUCUCGCAAGUCAGCCGCCCCACAGAUGA